AUGCUGCGCCAGAGACAACCGAAGCCAAGUCAACAAGAACAAAGACCUAGGGCUUCGAUUAACUCAAUUCAACCUCAGACUGGGGACCAAAGCCCUAUAUUCACGAUGAGCUGGGCUGAGCAAAACAAAUGGGUCGUUCUCGCAAUUGCGAGCGGCGCCUGCGCUGCCUUCAACGGGGUCUUCGCUAAGCUGACGACUACGCAACUCACAACGACCAUCGCAAGCAGUCUUUCUAAGAUGCUUCACCUGACCAGCGUUGAAGGCGCCUUUGAAGUUGUGCUCCGAGCCGUCUUUUUCGGCCUCAACCUUCUCUUUAACGGCAUCAUGUGGACUCUGUUUACCAAGGCCCUCGCAAAAGGCAGCUCCACGACGCGCGUGUCCAUCAUCAACACGUCGUCCAACUUCGUCCUUACGGCCCUUCUCGGCCUUAUCAUCUUCUCCGAGUCCCUGCCGCCCAUGUGGUGGUUUGGCGCCUUUCUCCUCGUGGCUGGCAACGUGAUUGUCGGCCGCAAGGAUGACUCUGCCGGCGAGGAGGCCACCGAUGGCGGGUACGCGGCGGUACCGCAGCAGCCUGCACUUGUGCCGGACAGCCCCGUUGACGAGCGUGGCCCCAAGGUCAACGGGUACAACGACGACGAAGAUAUCAUCGAUUUGGGCGAUUUGAGCACUGAGGGAAGCAAUGGGCAGGGUCGGAGGUAG